GAGACGUUGCUUAAGAAGGGACGCAUACUCUAGUAAUGCUAACACUGCGAUCUUUGGCUAGUUCGCUCUCCAGCAAUCUCUGCCGGUUGGCGUCCACUGUUCACUUGGACUACUCACGUUAUCCAACGCUCCAGGAAUCUGACAUCGAGGAAACAUUAAUGCGUGGCAGCGGCCCGGGCGGACAAGCUGUUAACAAAACCAACAACUGUGUGUUCCUGCGUCAUCUGCCUACGGGAAUAACAGUCAAGUGUCAUCUGCAUCGAUUGGCUUCCAAAAAUCGUAUUGAAGCACGUAAAAUACUUCUGGAUAAGCUUGAUGUUCACUUAAAUGGAGAGCAGUCGAUCGCAGCCCAGACGAAACUGCUCGAUCAGAAAAAGUCCACAGAGCGAAAACGGCGGCAGAAUAAAUUGCAGGAGAUGAAGAAGAGCUGGCAAAGUCGAGAACAAUUAGAUGGAGAUCAAGAAAAUAAUAAAUGAAUAAAGAUAUUAAUUUAGUAAAAA